GCAAGUUGCAACAAAAAUGCCGCCAUUUGUAUUGUUUUGUCAUUGAAUUGAUUGUAAAUUUUUAUAACAAUUGUUGGUAAUUUAAUAAAAUAAAAUAAAUAAAACUCUCUAAAACGUGAUCACAACCGUUAUUGGAAUUAAAGGUUCACGUUUGGGGCGUAAUUGUUGGUUAAAAGAAAAUCAAGAUGAAACGUGAGGCGUAUGGAGAUGACGGCCCUAUGCAGAAACGUCACCGGCAUACUGAUGAGGAAAUCACCUUCCUUAUACCUAGUAAGGUGGCAGGCUCAAUAAUUGGGAAAGGGGGAUCGAACAUAUCAAAGCUCAGAAGUCAGUUUAAAGCCUCUAUAACAGUCCCAGAUUGCCUCGGCCCCGAACGCGUACUGACAAUAACGGCGGCGGAUAUGGAUCUCAUUAUGGAUAUCGUGAAGGAGAUCUUGCCGAAUUUGGCUGAUAAUCAAAGAGGAAAUGGCGAUGAACUCGAUAUUCGUCUGCUCAUCCACCAGAGUCGAGCUGGGUGUGUCAUCGGCAAAGCUGGAUCUAAAAUAAAGGAGUUACGUGAGAAAACUGGUGCACGUCUGAAGAUAUUCUCUAGUCCAGCGCCGCAAAGCACAGAGCGUGUAGUACAGCUCGUUGGGACAAGUGAAGCCAUCGCGGCUGGCAUUCGUGAAGUGCUUGAACUUAUACGACAGGUCCCCAUUCGAGGUGCUGUACAGAACUACGAUCCUCACAAUUAUGAUGAUUUCUAUGCGGAAGAAUACGGAGGUUUCGGAAACGGGCAGGAUAAUGGUCGGGGCCCUCCAAGCCGCGGGCCGCCUUCGCGUGGCCCCCGCAUGCCCCCUGGUAACAGAGGCCCUCCGCCCCGUGGACCCCCAAUGUCCCGAAACGGACCUCCACAGAGACCUUUCAAUGACGGAUCAGGGCCUCGUGGAAAUUUCGGUCCGCCGCGGGGAAAUUUCAGUGGUGGAAGUGGCUUUAACAGAGGAAGUCCUAACUUUGGAAAUAACAACAGCCAACAAGAGACCACCACACAAGUGACAAUACCUAAAGAUCUGGCCGGUGCGAUAAUCGGCAAGGCGGGUUCGCGUAUACGUAAAAUACGUGCGGACAGUGGCGCCUCCAUCGAGAUAGCGGAGCCUUUGCCUGGCGCCUCUGACCGCGUUAUCACUAUUAGUGGUACACCGCAUCGCAUACAGAUGGCGCAGUACUUACUGCAACAGAGAAUGUUCCAAGAAUUUCCCGAUUUGGCUCCAAACAAAACUAAGAUUAAGUAAAUGUACAGCUUGAAUAUAUCCACAUAAUGGUUAAGUGUCCAUGAAAGCAACCCAACUCUGGGAGGCCGCGGUGGGAAUUAUUGAUUUCAUAAUGGUGCCUUAACUGGCAACUAUGAGGCUCAUUCUGUACCUAUUCUAAAUAUUUUACAUAGAUCAUAGAUUCUUCAUUGUAUGAAGUCUUAAAAUAUUGCUACGGGUUGUAAUGUUCUUAUAAAUUUUUAUAAUGUUGAGCAUUAAUCACAAUUUUUUACAUACUGUGUCAACAUGCAAAAGAUUGAUUUAUAAUUCUAGCAAUAACAUCAAUUGUUAGAGUAAUA